ACACACAGAUAGACGGCUUAUCACUGGAACAAGCAGGAGACAAACAGAUCAAUCGUGACCACUUUCAUCAGUUAACCGGAGAACUCACAGUCGUGGUCAGAACCAGAGGAGGAAAUGUCACAGGACGAAAAUAUUUCUCAACAUGUCGGCACAGACGAAUAUUGGCGCUUUCACCGUCAAGGAUCUGGACAAGGUGCGUUUACAAAGGGAGGUGGAUCUGUGUUUCCACCGCACCGACUGGUUGUGCUGAGUCUGGGUCUGCUGAACGCUCUUCUGAUUAUUGCUGCUGUUGUCAUCGGGAUUUAUUGUGCCAAAGCCAAAGAUCUCCAGGUUCCCUACUCUGCUGUUACGCCCUUUAUUGUUGAGCUGAACUAUCUCAAGAGCAACCACAGUGAAAUGAUCAGAGGCAGAUUGGAGUUCCAGGCAACUUUACUAAGAGAACGCGCCAUACAACCGCAUCUGGUGCUGGCAGUGAAGCAGAAGAAGACGGUCAUCGAUGUCCUGCAGAGACAGAUUGAGACUCUAGAGACAGAGAAGACACAUCUAAAGAACAACAGAACUACUUUAGAGGAAAGCUGUGACAGGUGCCCACCAAGAUGGAUUCUUCUUAAAUCAUCCUGCUAUUAUUUUUCUCAACCCGAGUCCACAAGCAAGAAGAACUGGCCUGAUAGCAGAGCAUACUGUAUGAGCCGAGGGAGCGAUCUGGUUGUGAUCAAUAACUUGGAGGAGCAGAUUCUUGUGAAUGAAAACCUCCCACAGCUGAGCACGAGAAACAAUAUAUGGUGGCUGAACAGCUUCUGGAUGGGCCUCACUGAUGUAGUGGCACACGGGACCUGGGUGUGGGUCAACAAUGCGACUGAGGUGGAGACGAUGUACUGGAAAGAUGGACAGCCCAACAACAGAGGAGAUCAGAGUGGGAACUGUGCUGCUACUUAUCAUGGUAGUGACACCAGGAGGACAUGGUUUAAUGGAAACUGUCACGACCUAGAUCUUCACUGGAUUUGUGAGAUGGAGCCAAAGUAAACGACAUGUCCCUCAAGAGGAAAUCACGAUUCUAGAAUAAAUUGUUUGUAUGUUUGUAAAACCAUUACAAUAAACAAUCUGCAGCUUGAUACAGGAGUAUCCAUGUUGUGU